AUGGCUAACAAGCAGUUUGAGUGCCAGGUAUGUCACAAGGUGUUUUCAAGGGUCGACUACUUGAAUAGGCACCAGGUGAACCAUGAUGCAAUUAAACCAUAUCCUUGCCCGCAGUGCAACAUCGGGUUUGCUCGACGAGACUUACGAGACAAACAUUUUAAAUCCAAGAUCCACAAGCGUCGAAUUGAUCUUCUAAGAAGGCAUGAAUCUGUGGCUACUGUUGAAAAGCCUCCAACCGUAGUACCAAAGGAAGAAGCUCCGAUGGAUAACUACGGUUGGUUGUUUGGAAGCUACUCAAACCCGGGAUCUAAUACUCCUCCCUUAGACGAGCCAUUUUUUUUAAACACAGUCAGCCCGGAGCCAAAUGUUAAUAUCAGGGACCAUUCUGAUUCAUACACACCUCAGAUGUUUGAGGAUCACACAAUCGGCAUGUUGUUGGAGAUUCUCAGCAUGCCCGAGUUGAAUGAGAUCUUCCAUCCAGUCAAUCUCUCAUACUUUGUUGAUCUGUUCUGGAAGAACUUUGAUGUCAACUAUCCGAUAAUCCAUCGCCCGAUUAACAGCAAUCAUCCGUUUCUUCUAAUAUCAGUGAUCUCUUACGGAAUGGUUUACUCAAACUCCCCUGUGAACAUAUCUUUAGCUUGUCAGAUCCAACGCCGCUUGAUGAAGCUUCAGAUGGACGAAAUCUGUGACUCCGAAGGUGUCAGUUUGGAAUCGCUUCAGUCAUUGCUACUGAGCAGCCAUUUUUGCUCAAACAUUGGCGACUCCAGUCUCCACCGACAAGCGAAACUAUUCCAUGGAACUAUUAUGGGUGUUGUUGACCUGCCGAGCCUAGUUCAGCAAUUACACGAGCCAAUUAUCGCAAAACCCGAAUCGGCCACUAAAGAAGAGCUCACACGGUUCUGGACAGAUUGGAUUCGAUACGAGUCGUACAAGAGGGUUGCAUUUUUUGCCUACGUGUGCGAUUCGCAACAUGCGUAUUUGAACCAGGGCCAUACCAUGAUCUCUGUGUUCGAUCUCCAGCUUGAUUUACCUUAUACGGAUGCUGUGUGGAUGGCAUCCGAUCCAAACGUGUUUUUGCAAGAAUAUCUGAAGCAGCCCAGAGAGUUGACGCCUAGACGCAAGGAAACCGAGAGACGGCCUCCAGAAACGUCAAACUGGAUUAACAUCAUGCCUCAUAUCAAGGAAGAAGGAAAAUGGCCAAACUUCUUAUUCUCCCUGCGAAGAUUAAUGCAGCCGUAUAAGGAGCACCAAAAAGAGUACAAUUUGAACUGUUUCAAUCAAUUUUCAAGACUCAUUAUUCUACAGGGACUCAUUAGCAUCACCUGGAAUCUGAAAUGGAAAGGGUUGCAGGAUUUGGGAAUUGCUUCCAAGAAGAAACUCGAAAGUCUUACCAUUAAGUUGCAAGACGCUUUUGAUCGAUGGAGAGAUUACUUUGAUUACCAGAUCCAUACAACGAACACUGCGGUCAUGAAACGCAAUCCACCGGAGAACAAGGAUCUCACUUACUUGAAUAGGUACGACACCUCACCAAUUUUCUGGAAUAACUUGACUCAGCAUCAAUUUGGACUGUUACUUCUCUAUGUUGAUACCCAUGCACUUCAGAACCUUGCUGUGCAGUAUGCUGCAACCGCUUCCAGUUCCAACCCUUAUCCUCGACUUGACUCUUCGAUCAACAUACAGGCCUGGAUCAGAAACACAAACUCGCAACGAACUUUGGUCAACGCUUGUAAACUUUUGCGCACGGUAUUCUUCAACACAGAGAUCAUAUCAUGUAUUCCCCACUUGGUCAAGUACGUGGGGUCUGCGUGUCUGGCGCUCUGGUGCUUUGAAACUUACAGAGAAGAUCUGCCCAGUGACCUGGAAGAGUCGUCUGUUGCAAACCCCAUGCGUUACAUUUGCAACGGUCAAAUACACGAGCCUUCGGCGAAGGAAGACUCAUUCAACUACCUGAACAUGAUCAUCGAUGACGAUGAAAAUAUCGAUGCGAAGACAGAAUUCGUUUUACGGCAGCAGCAGGUGCUUGGAAUUUUAUGCUAUUGCAGUCUUCUUUUUGAAUCAAAUGAGUGGAAAAGUCUCAAUGUGACUGGCCUACUUCUACGGCAACUGGUCUUCAAGAGACAUCAAAAUUUCGAAUAA